AUGUCUCAACCCAACAAUUGGUGGCAUUUCUACAUUGAAGGCUGUCUUUGCCGUCCAUGUAUAGAUUACUGUAUUAGAUAUGGAGUACAACUAACCGAAGCUCAAAAUAAAAAAAUAACUGAACGCUACCCGAGGGAUCAAAAUGAUUACGAUCUACAUUUAUCAGUGGAAAGAAGAUAUCCUCAAAUAGAGGAAAUUGAUGAUCAGGAUGCUAAUUCCUUACAUUUCCAGCCUAUGCAAUCCAAUUUAAAUAAUCAAAACUCCCGACAAAUUGUUCACCAUAUGAUUCCUCAACAUGAACAACCUAUGCAAUCCAAUAAUCAAAACUCACGACAAAUUGUUCAUCAAAACAACUUACAAAAUGAAUUCCUACAGCAGCUUCUUUCCCAAAAUCAACUACUGAUUACGAUGAUUCAAAAUAUAUCAAAUAUUCCUUCUAUUUUUACCAAUACAUGUCAAUCUUCGAUUCCCCAGAACAAUGAUACUAUUGCCAAUUCUCAAAAUACACCUUUGCUUUCGGUUCCCCAGAACAAUGAUCAAAAUGCACGUCAGCCUUCGAGCAAUUUUUCUAAUCACAUCACUGAAUCAUCGAGCAACCAUCAAAUCAAUAUUUGUGACUCUUGCAUGAGAAGCAAUUUUUCUAAUCAAACCACAAGUGUAUCCGUUUCUCAAAUUAACAAUAACCAGAUAAUUUCCAAUCAAGUUACUAAUAUUUCCGAGCCUCAAAACUCAACUCCUAGUCAAGAUAUAACUGCGACUCAGCAUAUUUCAAAUUGCACUACCAAC